UCUGAUUCGGCCCUUUGCACUUUGGACUUUGACGCGAGCGGACCUCACCUGUGAACCCUCCUGUGAACCCAGACCUGUGAAGGAAACUCUGAGACUUUUGCACUGCUUGACUCUUUUUGUUGGAAACAAAACUUGUUGUCUUACAGAACUCCACCAGAUCCGGACUACGAGAGACCCGAGACCCCGAGGAAGGCCCUCCGACGACCGAGAGCCGAGGACGAGCCCCUGCUGAAGCGACCGGGCUGUGAUUUGGACUAAGUGACUGACUUCCUCUCCCGCGGACCUCCGAGAAGCCGGAGAAUGGAGGACCACCCGUACGCGCUGCGCGGAGCUGGCGACUUCGUUGGAGCUCCACCGCCCCCCCCUCCCAGCCCCCCGGCGGCAGCCAUCGGAAUCGACUACGGAGCUGGCGGAGACUACGAUGGAGCUCCUGGCCUCCCUACGGCCAUCAGGUUAGUCCAGGAAGAUAACAUGGCGGACAUUAGGCUUCAUAAUGCGCGUGUCUCUUUGUUGCGUGUCUUUGCCCUUUUAACACCAGACGAGCUCCGGCGCCGACUCCGACACCCAGACAUCCGCCGCCGGUUCCGCCAGCUCCGCGCCAUCCGCCGACUCCGCCAGGGACUGGCCCGCAGGUAAGUUAUCAGGUUAGUGAUACACUUGUCCCUUUAAACUUUCACUACACUGUUUAAAGUCCUGUUAUUGGUUUGUAUGAGCACUUUAUUUUAUAUUCUACUGUCAAUGUAAUGUUACAAUUCUUGCACUUUGCUGAUUGUUUAAUGUUAUUGUCUAAUGUUGCACCACCCGCCAUGACACAUUCCUUGUAUGUGAAAAUAUAGUUUACAAUAGAUAAAUAGAUGGAUAGACAGACAGACAGACAGAUAGAUAGACAGAUAGACGGAUGGAUAGAGCGAUGAACAGAUCCCCCAGCCCCCCAGAAACCAGAAGAGUCUCCCAGGAGCAGCAGGAAGAGGAGGAGCCCGACUGCCCGGCAGGACCGAUAAAGUUCCAGACAGCCUUCCCUCGCGCCUGGCGGGGGAAGGCUGGUUGGCCUGGUUCUACUUUUUUAUUUAGGUAUCGAUUGCUGUGACACGGAAGAGUCUACCGGGAUCUCCUUAACGACGACGAAGAAGAUGACGAGGGAGGACCACAUGAGAAGGAUGAAGGACCACCCAGCCCCCCGACACCGCCCGCCCCGCCCACACAGGAAGCAGCUGUGAAGAAGACGGACACUUCAGCCUGAACGAGACUUAAUAAUCCUUUCAUUUGUCCCAUGGAAUACUGUACGUUCAUGUUAACUGUGUACAGUAUUUAGAUUAUUUCCUGAUUUUAAUAAAUACAUGUACAACAACAUCUAAA